UAAUUUCAUUUCGUUUAUUCAGUCAAGUCAAUGAUAUAUUUUCUGAAGUACUUAGUUUGCAAAAGAAUUCAUUUUUGACUUCUAUUUAUAUCCCUUUUCCCUUUCACAUGAUAAUUUUUUUACGGUGAUUACAGUUAAAAUGAAGUUUUAUCAGUGUUUAAUUAUUUCCAUAUUUUGUUAUGUUAUUCUGUUAUGUUCCAAUUCGGAGGCGCAGACGGCCCCAAGUUCUGUGGUAUAUGAAGGACCAUCCAUUGUUAACGAAUCAGAUCAGUUUACUUUGACUUGUUUUGCUGGUCAGUUUCCUGUUCUUAAAUGGCGUCGAAAUGGUGAAGAAAUACCAUUCGAAUUAUUUGAAUCGAAAUAUGUUUUGCAAACGGGUGGGCAAAAUGAUACGAUUCGUUCCAGCACUCUUGUGAUAAGUUCGGUUUCUGCCGAGGAUCACGGGAAUUACACUUGUACUAUGGAUAGUGAUGAUUAUGGUCACGAGUUGAAAGUAAAUUUUGCUCCUCCUAUCAAAUUGAAAGCAGAAUUUGGCGAAGGGCAACGUUGCCAGAAAACUAUCACGAAGCCAGAAAACUGCAUUUUUAUCACCUUAUUCAAAAAAUUCUCAAUGAAAUGUGUCGCCGAUGGUUUCUCAAUGAACAACAGCCUCACGUUAGCCUGGUACUAUUCGAGAAAUAACUCCGAGUAUUCGCUCGUACAGCCAGCGGACGAAGGUCGAAGAAAAGUGUCAGAUGGUCGUAUAGAUUGGACCUUGAUUAAAGGGGAAGAAGUUGCAUAUUACACUUGUAAACUUAUGCAUAAGAAAAUGGUUUCUGAUAAAGAGGAACUCGUACCCAUAGCUCAGGAUAUUUUCGAAGUGCAAGCAUUACCUAUAGCGGUGCCUGUAUUUAAAGAUUUCACUGUAGUCGAAGGUAAUACCCUCAAUGUGACGUGUGCAAUUGCCGGUAAAGCUGACCGUGUUACCUGGAAAUUCAUUAAUACCGAAAAAGUCGAAAAAAUCUUGCUGAACGGUACUGACAAUCGAGUAGAAAUGAAACCUUUCCGAGGCGUUCCAGACGCAACGGUUUUAAUCCAUCACGCCAAUGCAACUCUCGAUCGUGGAACAUACAAUUGCACAGCCAUCAGCGCCAUUGGAAACAGCGUAGUAGAUGGAUCGUCCUAUGUUAGACUUAAGGGCAAAUACGCUGCUUUGGGUCCAUUCUUGGGUAUCUGCGCCGAAGUGAUCAUCUUAUGCACCAUUAUCCUCAUCUACGAGAAGAAACGAGACAAAACCGAAUUAGAAGAAAGUGAUACUGAUCAGGGACCAGAAACAAAAAGUAGCCCAGAUCAUGGUCAAGACAGUGUCAGGUACAGAAAAUAAUUCCAUCAAAUUGAGUUUUCACCACGUCGUUACCUUUACUACCAAUUUUCACCAUUUCGGUGCUACUAGAUGGGAUUUACUAAUUCAAGGCGUUCGCUCACUUUAAUUUAGGCCUACGUAUUAUUCAGUGUCCUCGGUUAUUUCCUAAACAUAAUUUUCCUUAUUUCCCCCCUUUUUUUUCCUUUCUUUCCUUUCUUCUUUUCUUUCUUUCUUUCUUCCUAUUGCUUUCAAAUUGUCCCGUUUGCUCUCAUAUUCAUUUUUGGUUUUUUUUCCUCUUACUUAAUUAUGUACUUUACGGCUCAUCUGCAGCUUACUUACUUACAUUCAUAAGCUAAUAACCAUCUUUACACUCCGUGUUAAUUUAUACGAUUUUCGUUUUAUUUUAUGUACGUGUGAGUGUGUUAAUUUGGUGUACAUACAUUUUUUUCCCACCAAGUAGAGCUAGAGCUAUUAAAUAAGUAUUAGUUGCACGCAUUCGUUGGCAUGGAAAUUGUCACAGUGGUACUGUCGUUUUGUUUUAAUUCGACUGUUAUGUUGUUGAAGUGCCAUCUGUAAUUUUAUCAUAUUAGGAAGAUCGAAGAGGAGAUGAUGGUUCAGUGGAGUAUUAUGAGUUGAAAUUACAUUGUAUUUUUUCAAGAUCCACUACGACGUUUAAUACCCAUUGAGCCAUUGUCUCCCCAAUCUUGUUCUUACCCCGUUUUACUUUUACGAUUAAUUUUCAUUUUUGAAAUUGUAAAUAUUCUCUAUACUUUUCAUUUGUGUCAAGUUUUCACGUGUCAAGUGCAUCGAAUAUGAAUUAAUUGAUAAAAUUGGGUAAUUUGAGACCAAUGUUGAUAGUACUUAAGGAAUCGAGAAAAAUUGGAAAUAGAGUAUUUUCAAGUUAACGAGAUGAAAAAUUGAAAAAUUUGCAUUAAGACGAAUUCGUUUCGAUUUUUCAUCAAAUUUACUAUCUUCGAGUCAUUUUUUGUUGUUUAAUUUUAAUUUGUAAAUCAUUUUCUUGUUUUUGCUGUAACAGUUGGUACCUAUUUUUAAACACAUUUUUAGCAGUAUUUUUAUGCAUGAAUUUGUAGUCAUUUUGUUUUCCUAGUAGAAAAUGAUUGGAUCUGAUUUGAUGAAAUUUGGAGAAUUCCAGGAUUCAAUUUGACCUGAUGUGACCUGAACUGACCAGAUCUAAUCAGAUCCAGUCAGAUCAAAGUUUUGAUCAGAUCUACCUACCAAAGGAAAAUUAUUGGAUCUGAUCAGGUCUGAGCUCGUGAGCAGGCCAAUUCCAAUCUGAUCAGAUCUAAUUAGGUUUGAGGAAUGUUCGGAUCUGAUCACAUCUCUAUUCUAGUCUAAUCAAGAUCAGAUCUGAUUAGAUCUAAUCAGAUCUCUUCUAUUGGAUCUGAUCAGGUUCGAACAAUUCUAAUCCGAUCAAAACUUUCAGAUCUGGUCAGAUGAAAUUGAAUCUAUGGAGUCUGAUCAGAACAAAUCAUUUUCUUUUGGGUAUUCAGAUCUGAUCAGAUCCAGUAGGAGAGGUCUGAUUGGAACUAAUCAGAUCUGAAAAUAUCUGAUCAUACGAUCAUACCUUAUCAGAUCUGAACAUCCUCUAGAUUAAAUUUGAUCUGUUCAGAGAUGAUCAGACGCAAUAUAAUAGAAGAAAAUUCCACUAAUUCCGGAUCUGAUUACUUUCCCUUGAAUUUUUUUGUUCUUAAGUGAAAAUGAAGAAUUAUUUCUGAAAUUAUUGAUGGUACUUUGUUCUCUAAUCAUUUCUCCGUCACAUUUACCUAUGCGUAUUUUUAUGCUUGUAUAUUGUACAUUAUAAUUAAUUGUUUUUUUGUUUUCUUUUGUUUUCUUUUUCUUUUUCUUGAGAUUGCCUAUAUACUAAUACGUGAAGUUAAUUUGUUUAGUGUGAGGCAUCGCUUUGAUUUUUUUUUUUGUUCUGGAAGAGAAGGGGGAAGAACAAAAUAAGAAGGAUGAUACUUACAAUAAUGAUUGAAGAUCUUGUAAAUGAAGAAAUACACGAUAUUUCCAAAGAGCUUUUUAUCACAUGAUCGAUGAAUCGUCUGAACAAUUGGGUGUAUUUUUUUCUGCCUCUUUCUCUGACCAUAUGUUAAAUUACUCUUCUUUAUACCUACUUUCGGUAAUUGCAUAAUUAAAGUGAUGCGACACACUACGCUGUAUGUAAAUGUAAAUAUGUAUUUAUAAGUCGUAGGUCUCUAAUCCAUGCGAAAUGUGUAUUGCGUUUUACGGUUUUUUCCCUUCAUUUCCCCCCUUUCUUUUCGUAAUUGGUGUAGUUUUUUAAUUGCCUGAAGUCAUUAGCUAAAUAGUAUACUGAGUAGAUCUGCACGCAAAUUAUUACUUAUCUGGGCAUUGGAGCCUGAGAAUAGGCUUUGAUCAAUAUAGGUACUAAUUUUUUUUUUUUACAACUGCUCGUGGAUCCUCUUUUUUGCCCCAACAUUAAUUAUCUAGUAUAGAGUUGAUGAAAUUGGAGCUGGAAUGAUUGAUGUAAGUUUGAUUUUAGGCUUCGAUGUCUCGCUUCUUUCAUUUUGUCCUUCUCCUUGACAUGUUUUUUCUAUUUUUGGCGAUUGGCGAAGGCAAAUGUUGAUUUGCAAACGUGUGAUUCGUGUUACCUCUUAUAUCUGUCAUUUUCGAUCCAUUUUGACUUUGCUCGUCUCCCAUAUAUUCAGCCUGACAUGAUUGUAUUUCUCUUCGACAGUUUGUAUUGUUAAUGAUAAAAUAUCUGUACGUUACGUCUUAGUCUGUGUAUAGUACAAACGUAUAGCGAGCUUUGUUUUCGUUCAUUUUACCUAUUUUUAUCACAUUAUUUUUUCUUUUUCCCUUAUUUCCAUUCUUUUUGGAUUUUUUUUUUCGAUUUAUGUCUAUAUGAUUUUAACUCAUUCAAUUUCGAGUAUUGAUCAAAUGGUUGAUUUUAGUAUAGGUAGUUGUUUUUCGUUCGAACUAGAUAGGUUCGAAUUCAAAUCGAAAUCAUGACCGAAGAUGAAGAAUCACAUCAGCUGGAUCAUUACUGUAAACACUUUUCACUCCUGAAUUAAAUUUAUCAUUUCCUAUCUCGUGUGUUGCAGUUUUGUGGAAAUCCAAAAGUAUCAAUUUGUGAGCAAAUUUAUCGAUAAUUUGUAUUAUUGUAGGGUGGAUCAUAUGUACGAAUUUCUACACUCUAUAUGAGGUCACAUCGUCGCCGUAUUCUUUUAUUGUUAUCGUUGAUGUAUCGUUAAUUUUGUCGUUAUUGUUGUUGUUAUGUUUUUGUUUUUAUUCUAGGGUAAGUACAUAUUACGUGUACUUGAGCUAGAGAGUUUGGAGUCGUGAUAAUUUGAGCAUAGAUAUGCGUUUAGAUUUUGCCUUCCAUCAUUCGUGAUGUUAGAAAAGCAUUUAUUAAUUUUGAAUUGAUUAUUGAGAAUAAUGUUUCGGUGGUGUGAAGUUUCAACUGGUAUCAGAGCUGGAAAUGGUAGUGCUAGGUUUGCUUGUGUACUUACUUGACGGAUUAUACCCCCGUUAGAUAUCUUUUUAUUAUUAUUUUUAUUCUACUCUGUAAUUUACCUAUUGUAGGAUUUUCUUUUUGCUGAAAAUGAUUGCAUCAUGUACCUGAGGGUUUAUAAUGGGGCUAGGCGAUGAUUAUUGAUUAUCAAUAUGGAUCACGUUGACCUCAGCCUCAACCUCCGGAUAUUGGGAAUUGUUUUUUAAAAAGCUGAUUACGAAUUAGAUUAUAGAUUUAAGUACCUAGACCAAAAAAACUCACUGCCCAUUCUUGUUUUUUGACACGAAUGACUUGAUGACCUGUGGAAAAAUUAACAUCUCAUGAUGAAAAGUUCUUGGUACACGAUGCCUUAAAUUUUCGCACUACUUUAACAAUAACGCUGUCACCAUCAUCGCAUUUACUUUGGUACUUUCGAUCCUUUUUUUUUUCAGUAUUUUUCUCCUCUAAUUUAUACUUACUUCUUUCGAAUUUCUUUUUUAACUGUUCGCAUUCUCGUUAGUUUUCAUUCAAUGGGUACCUAACUACCUACCUACUUAAGUUUGUAGAUCUCAGUAGGUGUUAAGAUGGAUUGAUCUUAUACUGUAUGCUAUUGCUGGAGUAUGUCUUUUGCUAUUAGACUAACUGUGUAUUUAUCUGAGCCUAUCGUAAUAAUUAUGCACUGUUUUGUUACUACCUAACGUAGAUUUAAGUUGCAUGAAUUCAUUUUUUACGCAUUCAUCGUGUAAUUAUAGUAAGUAAAGUACGUCCAAAGAUUAAUUUACAAUUAGUUGCAAUAAUAUUACUGCCUUGUCUCCUCUCCUAUAAUUCUUUACUUGGCAGUUAGCACUUAUGCUGUAAUGUAUGGAUCGGUCAGUAUUUUGAUAUUACGAUAACUUAGUUUCUCAUUUAUUUUUAUUCUUUACUUAUCGAUUUUUUUUUUACUUUGCGUUGUCAUCAUGGUUAUCAUCAAUCACCAUUAACAUUGCCACCGCUAUCGCUGUAUUUUCCUUCUCAGUCCUGUCUCCUUGUUCAACUUUUAAAUUUAAAUUUUUGAUUUUUGUUUCACGUUAGAAUUUUUGUUGUACGUACCUACGUGUUUAAGUAUACUACAUUAUAUUACCAUUUACCAUUUAUUUACUUAUUACCUACAAUAUAAUGAUUUUCGUUUCCUGUUUCCUACCACAUGCUACCUAUAUAGGAUUAAUAAUGAAUUAUGGUGUGUCAUAAUAAUACAUAUGUGUUUUGUUAUAACCAAUUAAUCGAUAUACAUAUAGGUAGGUGUAGAUAUGUAAUACGUGUGAAAAAGAAAUGUAAAUAUUAUGUAUUUUGAAAAGGAGGCAGCUUGGUUUUUCAUUCAGAUACAAAUGUGCAUCAACUUAAUUCGACAGUAUAAUAAGCAGGUAUUUUAGAAAAUACUAACACAUUUCGAAUUCUCGAUACUCGUAUGUGGAAAAGUUGUAUUUGUGCAGGUACAAAAAAUUCAUAUUAUAUUUUCGUAAAUUUGACCGAAUGAUAUUUUGUGAUAGACCAUUUAUUAGUUUUUUAAGUGUACAUGUACCUACUUACUCUUCUUACCUAUUGUGUUUAUUAUAUAACUUGCGAACGUGUUUGAUUUUGAUUACGUCAUUUCUCCCCGUGGACCGUGUGAUGUUUUCCGUCGUUUUUUUUUUGUUUGAAAUUUUACCCGCAAUUCACGUUAUAAUAAUAUUGUAUCCAAAAUUUUCAGUAUGACCAUGAAGAAUUCUGAGUACCUAUCUAAUUAAAUUUGUAUUGAAACUGUACCUAUGGUAAGAAGUAAAUGGAUGAAAAAUA